UGUAGGAGAGAGGGGUGGUAUUAUAUUUGCGCAGGGCCGCCCGAUAGGGCGCAGUAUCGUCGCGACCGCCGUCGCGUGCACGUCGAUUUUCUGUGCGUUUACAUAUAUACCAGACCGCGAGUGCGUCUGCACCGAGAACAUCGUUUUCCCUCCUUGUCGGUCGUAUAUACUUUGACCGGCCUCCUCUCGUAUACUCCUUUUCUUCUCUCUUUCUCUCUAUCUAUCCUUCUCGCGUUCUAUCUCCACCUCCUCUAUAUUCGCUCCUCUCUUUCUAUACCUUGUUCUCUAUUCUUCUCCUUUCUUCUCUUUCUCUCUCUCUCUGUCUUUCUUUCUCUUCUCUCUUUUUCUUCCCUUUUUCUCUGCCUUUCUUUCUCUGUCUCUCUCUCUUCCUCUCUCUUCCUCUCACAUUAUUGGCUCUCGCUCAGUUUCUCCAUUCCAUGCGUAUCCCUCCGUGUUACUCUCCUCGAUGUUUCGCGCGUGAUCGUGCCCACUGCUCCACUAUAGUUCGCGUUCCGCGAGACACAUAUGAUCCGAUCGAACUAUAAACAACAACAGAGAUCGCGAAAGUCGAGAGCGAAUCCUCGAGCAGGAGUCGUUAAGUGUUCUUGGCCCUAGAAUAGUAUGAUAUUUUCGUGAGACGGAAACCAAAGCUGGAGUUAUUCACAAUCGCGUGCAAACAUGUUAACGCCAGAAGAAAUUCUCGUCAAAAAUGUAGAAAGCAUGGCGAGGAUACACCGUUAAUGUCAUCCGUAUUAAGUUUAAGAGGGCCAAUCGAAAAACGCGGUCGUUCUUAAAAUACAAGAAAGGAGCGGAUAAGAAGAGGAGAAAAAGACGAAGGCUGUCCCAGUGAUCCUGUUGGAUAGAGGUCAAUGGAGCCAUCUUGAUGCAGGCUGGAAAACUACGUGGGGAUUACCCGUCGUGGUCGUCGGGCUGAUUUCAACGGUGAACAGUGGCGAUUCCACCCGUGGGUGGAAGCGCCGUUUUCAUCACCGUCAACGGCGAACAGUACAGCCACUUCCGCUUCCUCCACCCCACGUGGCCGAACCAUUACCUGAUAAGAGCUGGAGAAGCGGCCGCAGCCGCAGCCGCCUCGGAGCUCUGAGGAGCUGGAGGAUCUGCACAAGCUGCUGCACUUCCCCGAGGAGGUGGCGCUCAGGUUGACGGAGACCGAAUACCAGCUGUUCUACCAGGUACCGCCUGAGGAGUACCUAAGGCACGUGGCACAAGAUCAGAAUACGCAGAAACUACCUGCCAGGCCACCCCCGUCGCCGAGUCGCAGCUAUUGCAAUCCGAGCACCGCCAACAGCUCGACCCAGACCGAGGAAGAGUCUAACUGGCCUGUACCCAACUUCUCCUCUUCCGUUCAGACGCUCAUCAAUCGUUUCAAUGAGGUGAGCUCAUGGGUUACCCACGCGAUCACAAGCGGCACAACGAUAGAAGAAAGGCAGGCUGUAUUGUCCUGUCUCCUACGCGUAGCUCAAACCUGUUGGAAUACCGGAAAUUUUAACUCAGCCAUGGAAAUCGUUGCUGGCCUCAAGUCCAACAAGCUGAAACCCUUUUGGAACAGCGUGAACGAGCCGGUACCAGUUUUGGAAAGCCUCUCCUCCGCCCUUUUGUCAUCCGAGUAUGAAUUCGCGCUUGCCCGCUCGUUGGCUAUGCCGGAAUGCCCGGUGGUCCCAUUCUUCGGGGCUUUCUUGCGGGAAUUGCGGGAAGUCAUCGCAUUCGAGUCCAAGUCUCAGUACGCAGAAUGCAAGGACAACCGCGAAUCACCACGCAGAAGCAGCAAGGAUGUCGAGUCCGAAAACAUGUCAUCCUCGGGGCAAACCACGAAGAUCGCUAUCGACACUAGCACGGAAUCAUCCACGGAAUGGAACACGAGGAAUAGUUCCUUGAGGAAAAUAGAGAACAUCCCGAUCCGUGACACGGGCUCUGUCCUCGAGAAAAUCGGCGAAUUUCAUAAGCAUCAACAUGCUCGAGGCAGAGACGCGACAACUGGUUCGCUCCAUCGCACUCUGAGCAUUCACACCACUGCAAUUGAGCAGACUUACAUGGCCGAGGAAUGUGACGAGAACGACUAUCAUUUCGAUCUCGAUUCCUACAAACCGGUACAGCCAAUCACGAUCGACCAUGGGGUCGCCUUAUUUCCUGUCGCCGCACCCCACACAGGAAUGGAUCUGCAUCUAUUGCAGGUGUUGCAUCACGGGACGACGUUGGUGCACUGGGACUGCGAGGGCGGCGCCACGAGGACGGCGUUGGUUUUCGCGCGGGUGGAUCGUGCCUGCGGCACCUUCGUCUGGGAGAAACCGCCGUGGAGCCCGUUGAAGACCGCGCAAUUAGGCGGCACAGCGUCCACGGAGUUCUCCCUAACUGCCAAUCCGGAGGACACGGUGCCGGCCGGCCUGUUGUCCAAGUACACCGCCCAGCAACAGGCCGAUUGCGCCUCCGUCACGUUGGAGGAGGGUUACCUGAACCUGAGCUCCGUGAAGGAGGUGAUGAUCGGUUGCUGCGACCGGGACAGGGAGACCGAGUUGAGGAGCAUUUGCAAGAGGUACGGCCUGUCCGGAUCCGACUCGUGCAUCGGCCUUAUGUACGGCUCCAGCCUGCCGGACAAUCGACUGAUCUUUCUACUUUGCCCUCCUGCGCUUAGCAAAAUUUGGUAUAUGGGUCUUUGUUGGAUAUUAAGAGGCCUGAAGCGGCAACAACAAUUAACGGAUCGUAGGUCGCGAUGGUUGAAAGAGAAAUAUCUUCAGCUUUAUUUCGAGGAAGGUUGCCUCGAGCCGAUGACAGCUGACGCUAUAAGGGCUUUCGGCGGUCGCGAUUGGUCCAUGACUGAAAGUAUUGGAACGCUUUCACCGACGAGUAGCGGUAAUCUUCGUAAACGAAACGCCAAAGGGAAGAAAACGAAAUCCAUCGGCAAUAUUCACGCGUUAACAAAGGAUUUGAGCCUAAAGCAAUUCGACUCCUCGUCUUCGGAUGGAGGCUUAUCAACGGCCCCACUUCGGCAUAUUACGGGUAGCAGGGAAUCCUUGACGAGAAUCAUACCGGCAUCCCCACGGUCUAGCAGGGAUCGAGUACCCCCACGCAGCCCUCCCGGAUCAGCCGAACGAAUUAUUAGUUCCAACUUGCCUUACUCCAGCUUUCAGAGCCUAUUGUGCGUCGCUAGAGACAAGGAUAAGAAUGGAUCGGGAAUGUCAGGUGGGCUGGAGGCACCUUGGCAAGUGAAAGCGCGCACCACUUCCAUAAUGUACGAAACGCAGUUGAACUUUGUCGAGUUCGUCGCUUUGUUCCGCUCGUUCAGCCUGAGAGCGAGAAAGGAUUUGCGCGACUUAUUCGGCCAACUUGCGAUCACUUGCCGUAGCCAGAGCGACGGCUCUUUGAGAGACUUUAAUGUACGCCCGCCUGUGUUGAGACAGACCAGUGAUGCGACCCCUCAACGAAUCGGUCUUUUAACGAGGAAUAAUUCCAUAGACUGUCGUGAGUACAAAACCAGCAGCAACCUUCAAAAGAAGCAAGUUUUUGACGCGGUGGCUGCAGCCAGUAUCGUUAAUAAUUGUUCUGGCGUUGAUACCUCGAAAUCCCAAGUAAUCACCCUGGCGACGUUCACUAAAUUUUUGGAAUCUCGUCAACAAGAGAAAUUGACCGACGAUGAAAUCAAGGCGCUGGUCAAGCGACACGAGCCGGACCCAGGGCUACGUACACAAUGGUGUUUGUCUUUCGAGGGCUUUGCACGGUACAUGAUGGACAAGGACAAUUAUGCUUUCCCAAACGAGUAUGCAACGCCGUUCGAGACUGAAAUGCAACAGCCAUUGUCCCAGUAUUACAUCGCCAGCUCGCAUAAUACUUAUUUAACAGGUCAUCAACUCAAAGGAGAAUCCUCGGUCCAGCUUUACUCUCAGGUACUACUAACAGGAUGUAGGUGUGUAGAACUCGAUUGCUGGGAUGGCGAUGAUGGAUCCCCAGUUAUUUACCAUGGUCACACUUUCACUACCAAGAUACCGUUUCGCUCGGUCGUAGAGGCGAUUGAUAGAAGUGCUUUCGUCAGUUCCCCGUAUCCUGUCAUCCUCUCCAUCGAAAAUCAUUGUUCGCAAAGCCAACAAGCUCGAAUGGCCCAAAUAUUUCAAUCGGUAUUUGGGGACAAACUGGUGACAAAGUUCUUGUUCGAGACCGAUUUCAGCGACGACCCCCAACUGCCAUCGCCGUCGCAGUUGCGCUAUCGAAUAUUAAUCAAGAACAAAAAACUGGUGGUGGAUCCUGCCGGCCCUUUGGCGCAUCCUCCUUUGAGCCAUCGUGGAAAAAUGCUGAUGACCGAUCGCGCAUCGUCUAUGAAACAGAUGCGCACCGAUGUGAGCAGCCCUUCCGUCGUCUCCGAAUAUUUCAGCGAGGAUGACGACGACGAGGAAGAUGACGAUGAAGACGACAACAUCGAUGAUAACUCCAUUUCCAGCUACGAAAGGUAUUUGGGCGGGACGCAGGUGGCGCAUACCCGGUUAAAAUCAGAUUCCGCGGUCGACGAUAAGUCACAGAAACAAAGUAGCCAAAUAGCGAAAGAACUUUCGGACUUGGUGAUUUAUCUGCAGGCUAUUAAAUUUCGUGGGCUGAAUACGACGCCGGGAACCGCGGCUAUCGGGAAAACGCGUCAUCAACCGCACACUGGGCCUGUACAGAGGCACAGUAUAGCUGGAAUAGGAGCCACCAGCAUCGGUGCAUCUUCCGGUUCACCACAAUCCCUGUCGACAUCGGCUUCGUUAGCGAGCGGCGGGAGCAAUAUUGAAAAUCUGUUCAGAUUCACUCGUGGAGUUCCAGCUUGCUUCCAAUGCUCCUCCCUGAAUGAAAGUACGGCGAAAAAGAUAUGCAGGAAACAACCUCUAGGGGUUGUCGCUCAUGCAGAAACCCAAUUGAUACGAACGUAUCCAGCUGGUAUGCGUAUCGACUCGACGAAUUUCAAUCCUGUAAUCUUCUGGGCCUUCGGUAUUCAAAUGGUGGCGCUAAAUUAUCAAACGGACGACGCUGGGCUGAAUCUGAACGCUGCUAUGUUCGAGCAAAAUGGACAGUGCGGAUACGUUAGAAAACCUUCGGUUAUGUGGGACAAGGGUCACAUGAUGUACAGACGAUUCAAUCCAUGGGACAAAGAAUUCGACGGACUGCAUUCGGCACAUCUGACGCUCUCUAUAGUUUCCGGCCAGUACGUCUCUCCAACGAAUUUCGUGGCAAGCACUUACGUCGAAAUCGAGCUGGUCGGCAUACCGAUCGAUUGCGCCAAGCAUAAAACGAAAGUAAUACAGAACAACGCGCUCAAUCCUAUUUGGAACGAGAAAUUUUGCUUCCAAGUAAUGUUCAAAGAUCUCGCGUUUCUGCGAUUCGGAAUCGUGGAAGCGAGUUCCCAUCACUUGAUCGCCCAAAGGGUGAUCCCGUUGAAGUGCUUGAAGCCCGGCUACAGGCACGUGAGGCUACGCUCCUGCAAGAACAAACCUUUGGCCCUGUCCACGCUUUUUAUCUAUUCCCGUUUGGAGGAGGAGAGCCUCGAUUACAACACGUGUUGCCGGGAUCACAAGGAGUCGUCGAAGCGGCCCUCGUCCGGCAAAGAGCCGGAAAAACUGACCACCGUUGACCCUGGACUAGGCGGGGUGACGUUGAAGAGGAGAAUGUUCUUCCUGAUGGUUUAUCACGUGAUACCGGACGAACCGUACACCAUACUGAAGGUGACGCAGGAGAGCACCACGCAGGAGGUGAUGCUGCAAGCUCUUCAAAAGGCUGGAAUAUCCGCGGACCGCGUCGACGAGUACAUCCUCGUCGAGGAGGUGUCUUGCGGUUGGGAGAAGAGGGACAGGGAAGAACUGCCCACCCAACGGGUGCUGGAUCCGACGGAGCAUCCGUUGCAAGCUCAAGCUCUGUGGAAGGGGCAGGGCCGUUUUCUGCUGAAGAGGGUGGGCGACGACCCGAGCAGCAGGGCAUGGUUGGCCUCGAUCAGAAGCACGGCCGGCCACUCGAAGCUCGACUCCGAGAGGGACACGUCGACGCAUAUCUGGGACGAGGCUGACACGUUUCUCGUUUGCGUCUACAACGUGUCGCCCGACAUACCGUACGCGAUACUCCGCGUGCCCGUCAGCAGUUCCGCCCAAGACGUUCUUGCCCAGGCGCUGGUUAAAGCGAGAAGGAUGGAGGACCCGAUGAAGUUCGCUUUGGUCGAGGAGCUGGAAUGGGGUGGGACCGGGGCUGUUGGGAGCGGCAGCCGCCAACUGAGGGUGUUGCGCGACGACGAGAACGUGUACAGCACCCAAGCCUUUUGGAAGACCCUGGGAAGAUUCAUCAUGAGGGAAAGGGAGCAAGCGAUACCCAGGCGUCACCUGUUGCCGGCCACGUUGGACAGGCUCAGCAAAGGUUUCUCCGUGGGGAGGUCGGUCUCCUUGCCCGGUUCCAGCAAGGAGAAGGUCCCUGUCUCCGAAGCCCUCUCCGACCCGACCUCCAGAGGGCUCAGGCAUCGUCUGCUGAUGCACGGCCGUAGGAGGGAAGUUCACUCCGAUGGCGAGGAUACCCGCGAGUCCGAUAUCUUGAACGCGGCCCUCCACUUGAAAAAAGUGUCGUUGAGGAAGUUGAGGGUGUGGAAGUCAUAGUGGCAGUCAAGGGCGACGUCGAUAUCCUCGAUCUUCGCCACUCGGAGAAACCAACCGUAAGUUUACGAGUUUGAUAGAAUUGCAUUGCAUCGUAGGGGGUCGAAACGUGAGAAUCGAGAUUAGGUGCGAGUGGGAGCCUUCGAAUGUUGUCGUUUUUUAAGAAAAGAAAAGAAACACUCCACUCGAUAACCAGCAUUGGAACCGGUUAUGGUAUUAGUAAAAAAAAAAAAAAGGAAAAAAAAGAUGCCUAAUUGUACUCAACACUGCUUAAAAUAUGCUAUAAAUCUGGAUCUUUAAAAAACGUUAUUACUUGGAGAUGGAACCGGUGUUAGCGACGAACAGUAUCAUCGGUUGAGACAGAGUUUGAUUGGACGUAAAGAAAAAUUGCAAAAAGACACGCUCGUGUUUGGAGUUGAAUGUAAGUUUGAGAGAGAGAGAGGGAGAGAGAGAAAGAGAGAUAGGAAAGCGAGCUACGAUACGUUCGAACAAUCCUGUUAACGCAUAUUACGCGCUGCCUCGAAUUUUUAUGAAACUCAUCAAUGAUUUCGUACGCGUCCAUAUCUGUUUCGUCACACUGAUACCACUGAACAGUGGAUAUAUUUGUCUCCUCUUUUAUUUAAAAGCUUUGAAAAUGAAUUUAAUAUAACUUGAUAUAGUAUCCUUGACAAUUCGUUACUUUUAACUGUUCAUCAUCAUCACUUUUCUAGUCAUAUUGAUAUUAUACAAAUAUACAAACGUUACAUGAUCUCCAAGAAAAUGAGUUCCUUGAAGAGAAGAGUACCGAAGGAUAGUCCAAAGAUAAUAAUAAUAAUAAUAAAAAAAAAAAGAAAGAUAAUUUUAAUCGCAAGCUUUAAUUUCGAUUAGAUUGAUUCUUUUGGUUGUAAAUUAAUGUACAUCUGUUUUUCCAUAUUUUUUUAUACAUAUGUAUAUAUUUUUUUAAUCUAUACAAUAUAUUUUAAUACACGUGUAUAUUUAUAUGUAACUCUAUUGAAAGGAACAUUUGCGUAUCACAUUGUGAGGAAAAAUGGCUUCGAAAUGUGGCUUUUAUCAAUAAUAUAGGGGGAUUUUUACGGUGGAAAAUCUACUGAGCAUUUAAUUUUCUUUCGAAAAUGAAGCCGAUCAAUCUUUCAAUUUUCAAAAUAUGGAUAUAACUUACAGCGGGACCUGAUUCAUUUUUAUAAGCAUUGACUUGUCCUUCGAAUAAUUAACGCUUGCACUUUAAGUACCUGACUCGUUUUUAGAAGUUCUUUUACUCAUAAUAAUCUUCGACAAAAUUGUUAUAAAUAUCACGAUCAAUGCAUAUCGAUCAUGCAGUCACAAAUAUUAAAUUUCCAUUAAAAUUCUGACAAUCAAAGAAUAUUAUUUAAUUCUAUAUACAUAUAUAUAUAUUUUUUUUUUGUAAAAAUUUUACUUUUUUUAACAGAAAUAUUGCAAUAUCUUUUUACUUAUCGAAAUAUUCGCUCUUUUUUAUAUUUUGAUUAUUUUUCAUGUAAAAAAAAAGACAAUAACGAAUUGCUUCUCUUAUUGCUUUUCCAACAAAUUUUUUACAACAAAGUUUUGAAAAAAACUUUGAAAAUAACUCUCGUUACAAACUUGACUGCAUGAUUUUUUUCAAGAACACAUUCAAAUAAACAAAAAAGGAUAUAUCAAAUUUAUUUAUCUCAUCUACGAAAUAUAAAAUUUCCAUAAUAUCAUAAUUUUCUAUCUCCUCUACACGCGUUACAUACCUCAUAAGAUUAAUAUUUUAUUUCCACAUCGCUCCAUCCCCUCCCCACUUUAUAGAAGACAAAGUAGCAACGUAAAGUAAGAAUCUACGUCUAAGUAAAACAAAAAAAAAAAAAAAAAAAAAAGAAAAAAAAUGACGAACGAGACGUCUAGUCAAGCUCUAUCAUCGAUGUAUGUUUAGAGACGCACUUCAAGUAAGAUAUAUAUAAAAUUUUAUACGAACACGACACUAAACUCGUCCAUAAUCGAACAAAGCGGCAUUCUAACCGAGAGAUUCAUCGUAGAUCAAAAAGAGAAAAAAAAGAAAAGAAAAGGAAAAAAAAAAUGGAAAAAACAAAUUCUCGAAAUCGCGCAGUGAAGGGGUAAAAAGAGUUACAAAGUAAAAAUUAACUUGUUACAGCUCUAGUAUUUAAUAAUAAUAAUAAUAAUAAUAAUAAUAAUAAUAAUAAAGA